AAAAGUAUACGAAUCCUGCGACUCCAUGUUGCCUUUUCAUGGGGAAUCGCCUCAGAAAUUUCCCAAGCACACCAUUGAGGUGAAUGUGACAGAAUUUAAGCCAGGAGAUUGUGUGAAAGUUAGUUUUUCUGGGCCUACGUUUGAAGGCUUUUUGCUACAAGCUCGCAAUGCUGACCGCUUGGAAGACCCGGCCAUUGGUUCUUUUGCAUUAGCUGAUCGGAGAAGAUCUCAGCUCCUUAAAUGUGGACACGUAAAG